AUGGCACUUAUUAUACCUGAAACUACUGAAGAGAUUAAUUCUUUUUUAAAUACUUUCGAAAAAGAUAUUGCUAAAGUUUCAUUGCCUUGUGAAACUGCUAUUAAUACUGCAUACAAUCAGGGCUGGAACGAAAUAAUUCGAAGCAGCAAUAAUGAAUUUAAGUAUAAAAUUCAAGAUAGUUCUUUGAAA